CUGGAUUACUGGCACACAAAGGCGAAGAACUUAUUUUGAAGCUCUAAAAUUUGUUGAGAAAAAAAAUAUUAUUUUUCGCGUGCAAAUGCUAAAGUUAAUUUAUUGGAAAUAUUGAGAAAAAUAAUUUUAAUAUUUUAAAAUUUGAUAGUUUUGCAAUGACCACAUUAUCUAGUAUCGAAGCUGAGUACAACGAAAUUGUUAGAAAUGACGGCUGGCAUAGUUUGUUCCAGGAAAUCCGAGAAAAAUCGGAAAAGGAAGCAAAAGACAAACAUUUUACCCAUAAUGAAUCGAGCAGAGGAGAAAAUCGCUCAAUGAACAGGUAUCGCGAUGUGAAUCCAUAUGAUCAUUCUCGGAUAAUAUUGAAUAGAAGCAAAACUGACUAUAUUAAUGCCAACUUGGUUAAGAUGGAAAGGGCCGAUAGAAAAUAUAUACUUACACAAGGACCUUUACGCGAAACAGUUGGUCACUUUUGGUUAAUGAUUUGGGAACAGCAAUCAAAAGCAAUAUUAAUGUUAAAUAAACUUAUUGAAAAAAAGCAGGUGAAAUGUCAUUUAUACUGGCCAGAACAAACUGGUGAAGAGCAUUUAAUGUCUUUGAAAGAUGUAGGGUUAAACAUUGAGUACGUAAAGGGCGAGGAAUACACAAAUUACUGUAAAAGAUGGUUCAAAGUUACUGACACAAAAACUAGGCAGUCGCGGGAAGUAAUUCAAUUUCAUUAUACUACAUGGCCAGAUUUCGGGAUUCCAAGUUCGCCUGUUGCAUUUUUACAAUUUUUAAAAAAAGUAAGAGAUUCUGGAGCGCUUAGUCCAGAAGUUGGUCCAGCAGUAGUACAUUGCAGUGCGGGUAUUGGAAGAUCUGGAACGUUUUGCUUAGUCGAUUGUUGUUUAGUGUUGAUUGAGAGAGAAGGAGAAAACAAUGUUUCUGUAAGGGAAAUUUUGUAUGAAUUAAGAAGGUAUCGUAUGGGGUUAAUUCAAACGGCUGAUCAGUUAUAUUUUUCAUAUCAAGCUAUAAUAGAAGGAAUGAAACAACUGAAAGAUCCAGAAUUUUUGGGUUAUGAGGAAGUGCCAAAAGAUUUAAAGGACCAAGGAGAGGAACUGCCUCCAAUCCCACCAGUACGAUAUGGGUCUUUGGGGGGACCACAACAAAAUGGUAACAAUACAAGUACUUCGGUUAUUCAAGGUAUAGGAUUAGCGUCAGCGACGACAGACAAUGCAAAUCAAACAAAAAAUGGAACUACUGGAAUAUUAAGAAUAUCACCAGCAGAUAGGCCUUUGCCACCUCUUCCUGUACCACCUACAAAUGAUUUAGAAUCAAAAAGCGAUGACGAAGAAAGUUCUGGUAUUGAUAAGGAGUUUAUUAAUGAAAUUAAUACUGACGAAGAAUUAGAAGAAAUGAAAUGUCAUAAAAGUGAUGACGACAGUAUCAAUGAUGGUUAUAAUGAAGAUAACAAACAAUAUUAUAAUAAUAAACAUGAACCUACCGAUAAACAAAUAACUGAAACUAACUCUGAAAAUGUUGAUGAUGAAACUACAGCAAAACGUAUUAAAUUGGGUAAUGAUAAUGAGGCAAUUGAUUCUACCAAUAUUCCUAACGGAAUUAGUGAUAGAAAUUCAGAAAAUUCAGAAAUAAGAAGGCGACAUAUUGAACGCCAAGAGAAUAUUGCAAAUAAAGUAAAUGAAAUCAAAAGAAAACAACGAGAAAUCGAGGCUGAAACGGAGGCGUCGAAAAAGCGAAGAUCAAUAGUAAGAUUCUUAGCAGCUGGAGUGAUUGUUGGAGUUUUAUGUGUAUAUGCUUACACGAAAUUUGGUUAAAUCCCAAAUAAAUGAAAAAAAGGAAAAAAAAAAUAAAUAAGUGUAAUUAAAAAAUAAAUAAUUUUUUAAGCGAACAUUAAAAUAAACAGAAAGUAAAUUCUCUAUUUUUUUAUUUAAAAUUUAAAUCAUAAUAAAUUUAUAUCCGAAUAUUUAUGAAAACGUAUAAUAUUCAAAGAUUGUAAAAUUGUUCACAAAGUAUACAUUACAAGCAUAAUGUAUAUGCAUAUAUAUAUACAUAUAUAUACAUCAUAAUAAGAAAUGUAAUAGCUGCUGAUAGUUAAAUAUAUUUGGGUUACUAUAAGUUUCUAAGCAGCUCAAAUAAACUUAUAAAAUUAAACAGA